CUGCACACUUAAACUCUACGGAGUGUUUUUUGUGUCGCGCUGCUCGUCCGACCUAAUCAGAGCUUAUCUUCAUUUCACCAUAAAAUAACAUAAAAUUAAGGGUUAUUUCUACCUCAAAAGCCUCAAGAUGGCAGGGAACUUCUGGCAGAGUUCACAUUAUCUCCAGUGGGUUCUGGACAAACAGGAUCUGAUGAAGGAGAGACAGAAAGAUCUGAAGUUCCUCACCGAAGAGGAGUACUGGAAACUACAGAUAUUUUUUGCCAAUGUGAUUCAGGCCUUAGGGGAACACUUGAAACUCAGGCAGCAGGUCAUUGCCACGGCAACUGUCUACUUCAAACGCUUCUAUGCCAGAUACUCUUUGAAGAGCAUAGAUCCUGUGCUGAUGGCUCCCACAUGUGUGUUCCUUGCCUCUAAAGUAGAGGAAUUUGGUGUGGUUUCAAACACGCGCCUUAUUUCAGCAGCAACGUCUGUAUUGAAAACAAGGUUCUCCUAUGCCUUUCCCAAGGAGUUCCCCUUCAGAAUGAACCAUAUUUUGGAGUGUGAAUUUUAUUUACUGGAGCUUAUGGACUGUUGCCUGAUCGUGUAUCACCCAUACAGACCUUUACUGCAGUAUGUACAGGACAUGGGACAGGAAGACAUGCUGUUGCCACUGGCAUGGAGGAUUGUCAAUGACACCUACAGGACGGAUCUCUGUCUCCUUUAUCCUCCUUUUAUGAUUGCACUGGCUUGCCUGCAUGUUGCGUGUGUGGUACAGCAGAAAGAUGCCAGGCAGUGGUUUGCCGAGCUGUCCGUUGACAUGGAGAAGAUUCUGGAGAUCAUCAGGGUAAUACUGAAACUCUAUGAUCAGUGGAAGAACUUUGAUGACAGAAAGGAAAUGGCCACCGUGCUCAACAAGGUGCCCAAACCAAAACCCCCACCAAACAGUGAGAAUGACCAGAGCUCAAAUGGAAGUCAAAACAGCUCAUACAAUCAAUCUUAGAGCGCCACCUGGUGAAGGACUGGAGGUAGAGUGACAUCUAGACAUAGAGGACAGUGGAAAACAGAUUACUGGCACACACACAUUCUCUCUUUACUCGCCUCGGGGUUUCUCCACCAAUCAGAGCAGACGAAAUGAUGCCAGCACGUUCCCUCAACCAGUCACAGCAACCCGCAUUAUUCUGGGGGUGGGAGGGAACCGAUGGUUUUGGGCCUGUAAGACAUCUGCUUUGAAUAUGUUGCCAGGUUUAAGGCUGUGAUGUUGUACACUUUGUACUAAUGGAGACACAAACUUGCUUCCGUGUGAGGCAUAGCUUUUUUGUCCCAGAUCUUUAAAAAGUCCAUGGUCCUCCUGACUUCCUUGAAAAGUCCCAUGAAGCUUUCUUUAAGCGAAUGCUCUAUGGGGACAAAGAAAACUUGAUCAUUUUCUGUGUCUGAGAGCAAUGAAUAGAGUGUGUAUAUGUGUUUGUAUGUAUGUAUGUGUUUGUUUGUGUGUUUGAUCGCAGAUGUAUGUGUGCCUCUCGCUGACCAUAUCACAGUUUGUAUUCCUCAGGGAAACGGAUCAGUCCUCCUACAAAGUGGCUUUCUGUAAACUGUUUGGCCACAGGGCUAUGACUGCGAUCUUUUUGAACCCUUGUACUGUGUUAUCAAAUCCUGAUUGGAUGUUUUAUUUUAAGUAAGUGCGAAUGGCACUGUGAGUUGAAGUGCACAGGUGAAAAAGUUGAUCAUCCUCCCAAACGACAUUUGUAAAUAUGCUUUUCUCAUUCAUUUAUCCCUUGACUUUAGUAUUGUUUCUUUUAUUAUAAAUUUACUGUAUGAUUAUGUGCUAUAUGCAUUGUUGUACUUUAUUGAUUUUAUUUUCAUUUGUUGUUUUUGAAUUUAACAGUAGAUGUAUAUUUAGCUUCAGUACACAUGGUUCAGAUCUGUACUUAUUAAAUUUAAUGGAGGGUAAGACAAAAAAUCUUGAGGGGUUUGGUCAGAUUGAUGACCAAAUGUAUGGAUUGUUUGAGGAAGUGGUGGACAUCUCCCUCAAGGGUGUGGUAUCAUAAUUCCCAUCCUCCAUGUUGAGAUCAUCAGAAUGAUGAACACGUAUCAUAAAAUGAUUUUUAAUGGACAGACAGGUCCUGUGUUCCUGAAUGCAAUUUGUUUUUCCAUUGUCAUUCACUGUGGUAAGUGCUUUAAAAUAUUACCACAUCUUUACUGAGUGUACUUGCAUAAAUGCAGAUCUCUUUCUGUGAUGCCAUGUUUGUAUUGUUUACUUGUAAAUAGAUGGCGUAGCACUGGGAGGACUGGGUUUUGUUUGUAUGUUAAUGGAGCUUGAAAGCCUUAUUGAAUAAAAGCUGCUGUUGAAAAAAAAACAGAUUUUGACUUUUUGU